AUGGAGCCAUGUACAGAAUCCAGAGAAGCUGUCAGAAUCGUCGAAGUUGGGCCUCGAGAUGGACUUCAAAACAUGAAGAAGGCCGUUUCAACGGAAACGAAGAUCGAGCUCAUAUCAAGACUCCGGAAGACUGGGUUGACCUCCAUCGAGCUCACGUCCAUCGUGUCACCCAAAGCAGUGCCGCAACUUUCUGAUGCUCAACUGCUGCUAGCUGCCCAGCCCAUCCAGGAGUUGCUACGUGAUGGCAACACUCGGCAUCCCGUCCUGGUCCCGAAUAUGAAAGGCCUGCAGAUCGCGAUCAGCCAGGGUGUACAUGAAGUCGCAGUCUUCGUCAGCGCAAGGGAAGCUUUCAGCCGAGCCAAUAUCAACUGCUCGGUGAUCGAAGGCCUGGACAGGGCACGGAAGGUUGCCGAGCGCGCUAUCGAGGCUGGCAUGAGUGUUCGUGGAUACGUCAGCUGCAUUUUUGAAUGUCCAUUUGAGGGCACAUCGACAGAAGACUGCGUUCCCGCUGUUGUUCAGGAAUUGCUGGACAUGGGCUGCUACGAGGUCAGCCUGGGUGAUACCAGCGGGGUCGGAACUGCGAGGGAUGUUAGCCAUCUUCUAGAAGUUUUGAAGGCAGCCAAAAUACCGAUCACUACGCUUGCGGGUCACUUUCAUGACACUUAUGGUCAAGCUACAAGUAACGCCUGGACGGCAUAUCAACAUGGCAUGAGAGUCUUUGACAGCAGUGUUGCUGGGCUCGGUGGCUGCCCGUAUUGUCCGGGAGCUAAGGGCAACGCUGCGACCGAGGAUCUGGUGUACCUCUUUCAAAGAGCUGGCAUCGAGACCGGCAUUGAUCUGGACGCUCUUGCCGAAGUUGGUAGCUGGAUCACGGCGGAACUCGGUACUGCCAACCAAAGUCGUGUGGGAGAAGCGCUGGCCGGAAACCUCAAAGGCUCAAAAGCAGCCGGGCCGCAUUCCAGACUAGCUUUGAGGCGACCAUCUACGGUCAGAAAGCAUGCACGACAGGCGUCUAGUGGUGGCUUGAAGAUCGAGGCCGUGUGGCUUGGCUGCCAUUUGCUCUGGCGGAGCAGACAUAAAUUUGCAAUGCCACUGCAAUUCUGA